CCCACAGGUAUUACCCGAAAUCUCAAUCUCCGAAAAGCGAAGCUGGGGCUUCACCAGGUGCAGAAUUGAGAAUCCUCAGAGAAAGCAAAAUAAUAUGAUAGAGGACAGCUGCCCUAGGCCUGCUUCUUCCGAUGAAGCUUCUGCUAUUAGACAACGAAAGAAGAGAAAGUGGGAUCAGCCUGCAGAAUCAUUGGUUUCCGCCGGAGUUGCACCACCUGGGGUUCUUCCAUUGGGCAAUGUGGGACCUCUUGUUGGGAUUCCGCUUGCUGGUGUAGCUCCACCAUCUAGUGCUCUUUUGACAAAUGUGACCAUACCCCCGGUGUUUCAAACAUCUUCAAUACAGCCACAUGCUUCUGCAAUCGUCCAAAAAUUAAAUCAACCAAAGAUCCAAGAUGAGUUAAUUGCACGAGAGAUUAUUAUAAACGAUGCAGAGUCUACUGUUCGCUACAAGCUCACAAAACGGCAGAUGCAGGAAGAGAUUCAGAAGUGCACUGGUGCUGUGGUGAUAACUAGGGGCAAGUAUCGUCCUCCUAAUGCUCUGCCUGAUGGGGAAAAGCCUCUAUAUCUUCACAUUUCUGCUGGAGCUCACUUAAAAGAUACUGCCGAACGUAUUAAAGCAGUUGAUCGCGCAGCUGCCAUGGUUGAAGAAAUGCUGAAACAGGGUCAGAAUUCCGAGUCAGUUCCUUCCAAUUCUCAUUUGGCUGGAAACACUGGGGUUACUCAGGCACCAAGCACAUGUGUGUUUUUGGGCUUUGAAGCAGACCCGUCCUUGAACAUUGCCGCUCGUAUUCGUGGACCAAAUGACCAGUAUAUAAAUCACAUUAUGAAUGAAACAGGAGCAACUGUCUCACUAAGAGGACGUGGUUCAGGAAAUUCUGAGAGUCCAAAUGGCGAAGGACAGCAACCACUGCAUUUGUUCUUGUCAAGUAAUAAUCUAAAAGGACUUGAAGAUGCAAAGCUUUUGGCUGAAAACCUCUUGGAUACAAUAUGUGCUGAGUGUGGUGCCUCCAGGGCCUCAUCAUGUAAGGUUUAUGGUGCUGUUCCGCCCCCGCUGCAGUUAUUGGUUGGUGUUCAGAGUUCUGGGAAUGAGUUAAAUGUAAAAACAAGUUCAACUGCUUGUUUGGCAUCAUCGGCUGUGAGCUCUACACCAACUCCAUUAGUUUCCCCUCUGACCGUUCCUGGGGUUUCUAUGGGAUUUUCUCAAGGAGCAGUAUCACAAUGUGGGGGAUUUUUCAAUUCUGGACAGCCUCAAUCAAACCUGGUUUGUUAUCCCCCACCUUCAUUAACUGCUGGAACAAGCUAUAGUGGAUAUGGUGGGAUAUAUCCCCAAGCCACACCUUUACAACAAGUUGCCCUAGCCCUCAGGCAGUCUCCUUCUCCUGUCACUUCCACAAUUGCUCCUUCAACAUCAUCUGCGAGCACAGUGCCAAAGUCGAGUGCUGCAUCAUUUUCUGAGAAGGAAAAAAGGCUUCCACAAAGACGAAAAUUUCAGGAGUUACCAGUUGCUUUGAAGGGGCCUACAAAACCUCAACAGGGAUUGCAAUUACCAAGUGAAACUACUUCAGGUUUGACUGUGAGAAAUAGUUCGACCAUGCCAGCUCCAAGGAAGUUGGUUCAGCCAUCAUCCAAUGGAAUGCCACCACCACCUCCUAAAGGGACAAUGGGCCCACUACCACCACCACCACCAAAAUUCAGUUCACCUGCAAGAACUAUGGCUCCACCGCCACCGCCCCCUAAAUUCAAUUCAUCCACCACUAUUCCGGAAGUGGAUGAUAAGAAUGUAUUGAAUAAAUCAAAAUCAGACACAGUCCCUGAUACAUUGAGUAAGCUGAUGGAAUAUGGGGAGGAAGAUGAUGAUCCUGAUGAAGCAGGUGAAGAAUCCUGUAAAAACAACUCUAGUGUGGCAGUGGCUCCAAAACCAUUCUGGGCUGUGUGAAUCGUUGCUUGCUUCAAUUGGUUAAUUUUGUGGAUGAAUGGCAAUGCUUCUUUUGGGGCCGUAAAAAUUGUGUUUUGGCUAGAGGCUGAUGAAGCACCUGUACAGUGUGACAGUGCCUGGUGGUUAAAGGAUUUUGGUUCAAGAUAAUUAGAUUACACCAGCUACUUUCUUGGUAGCAUUUGAAGACUGUUUUCUUGGCAUGAUUGGUGGGGUGGGUGUUGCAGGGACAUGAGGGACUUGUAAUGUUAGGACAUGAUUUUGGGCAUCGAGUGCUAGGUGUAGACUAAUAGUUUAGCAAUUUAAGCCAAGACUUUGUACAUUAGAAACAUCAAUUGUAAUAGGUUUGCCAUUUUAUGGUGUUAAAAGAGUAGUUUCAAACUGGUUACUAACCAGUGUUCCAAACAGAUGAUUUUCCCACCUUCAGCGUUGGAAAUUGUUGAUUCUAUGGGAGAAAGGAACAAAACAAUUUUCCCA